GUGUCAGCAAUAAGGAACUCCUUUUUCCUAAUAAAUCCGGAUGAUAGACAGCGUGGUUUCCUGGCAAGGAUGCAAUGCACUAGUGCCAUCUGUCGGGUUUGUUUCUAACAAUUUGAUCUCUGUUUGAUCUUCAGCUAGCAGUAGCCGUUCGGUCAAGAGAAAAUAUCGUAGCCACGAGGAUUUUCUCCUAAAAAUCACGUCAAUUUAUUUAUUUUUAUCCUUCAUCGCAUGAUUUAAUUUGUUUCAUAAGAUAUAUUUCAGAAUAGCCGACGAGAGGAGAUCCAUUCUAUUCACCCCACGCUGUGUGAGAAAAUCCUACUAUUAUCGAUUUACUGCUUUGACAUGUGCUGUAUGUUUGUGUUGUGUACGAAAAGAAUAGGAACGUUAGCUUUAAUUCUUAUUCUUAUCAAUCCCUGUUUCACCGUCUCGUCUGAUACUUCAUUCAGCGACACUAAAUCAUUGAAUCCUGCUUUUAGAAACAGUAAUUCCACCGGCAUCUACGGACUGAACUUAACGAACAUCGACGCCAAGUACAACUUGUUUAUUGAUUUGAUCGAAAGAAACUUCAGCAUUCUGAACACUGACAUUACGAUUCUCAAAGAGACUUUGAUUCAUCAUCACAGGCAUGAUUCGGCGAUUUUUGUCGAUCUUAACGAAUCUCUCUACCCAUCGUCGAGCUCACCCCGGAAGAUUUGUGUCCAGCAGAGAAGUGCUCGCUACAGUCAUGUCGAUCCCAGAGACGGCGGCGUUACUAUCGUAAGCCAGUGCGAAAAGCCGCCGACGAUCUCCGGUAUUCGCGCCCACGGAGAUCGCGUUCACAAUGACGACGAUGGAAUCGUCAGUAUUCCAACCAACGUUAAAGUAAAACUAUUUUUAUUCGGAACACAUUUUAACGUUGAUUCGGAUAUCGCUUUUAUUGAUGAGAGUUUGCCUAGAGGUAGUAAAUGUGACAAUUUUCCGUUGAUCAAGGUGAUAUCUUUGUCACAGGGAAAUGUACUAUCUGAUAAAGUUAUACAAUUUGACAUUUCAUUACCACCUCUGGAUGGUAACAGACUUUAUUACAUUUGCGUGAAAGAUAAAAGGGGGUCGAUCCCUAGUUGGUUACAUCAAGGUCGGGAAUUACAAUUAGCUUUGAGACCAGUGGGACGUAUUUUACCUAUAGGACUCCAAUCAGUGAUUUUAUGCUUCCUUCUAAUUUUAUCUGGAUUGUUUAGCGGUUUGAAUCUUGGAUUAAUGUCUUUAGAAUGCACCGAAUUACUGGUCCUUGAAAAAUGUGGUACCGAAUCUGAGAAAAAGCAUGCCAGAAAGAUAUAUCCAGUGCGAAAACAAAGUAAUUAUUUGCUUUGUUCACUUCUUUUGGGAAAUGUUUUGGUGAACAAUACUCUAACUAUAUUAUUAGACGAUUUGACAUCGGGGAUAAUCGCUGUCAUCGUGUCAACUUUUGGUAUAGUUAUUUUCGGGGAGAUAAUACCGCAAGCUAUUUGUUCUCGACAUGGCCUGGCUAUUGGUGCAAAGACUUUGUGGGUGACAAAGGUAUUUAUGGUUCUAACGUUUCCACUCUCCUUUCCAAUCAGCAAAAUAUUGGAUUGUGUACUGGGUGAAGAGAUUCGCAAUGUGUAUAACAGAAAGAGAUUAAUGGAAUUCAUCCGGGUCACCAAAGAUUUCAAUGAUUUGCAUAACGAGGAAGUGGAUAUCAUAUCUGGUGCUUUAGAACUGACAAAAAAGACUGUUGCUGAUGUCAUGACGAAAAUAAAUGACGUUUUCAUGGUACCCUACAGCGCCGUCUUAGACUUUGAAACAGUAUCUGAGAUUAUUAAACAAGGAUAUUCCAGAAUCCCUGUGUUCGACGGUGACCGAAAUAACAUUGUGGCUCUGUUGAAUAUUAAGGAUUUGGCAUUUGUUGAUCCAGAUACUGAGACUCAACUGAAAACUUUAUGUGAGUUUUAUAACCAUCCCAUUAAUUUCGUGUUUGAGGAUACCACACUGGACGUCAUGCUGAAUGAGUUUAAGAAGGGACGGUCCCAUAUGGCUUUUGUUCGACGCGUCAAUAACGAAGCGGAUGGCGACCCAUUCUAUGAAUUGACUGGUAUCGUCACGUUAGAAGAUGUGAUUGAGGAGAUAAUACAAUCAGAAAUCAUCGACGAAACUGAUGUUCUCACAGAUAACAGGAGAAAAAGAGUCAGGAAGGAGUCUCAGAUCAAACAGGACUUUUCCGAUUUUGCUAGGUUGGGAAUUGGCGACAAAAAAUCAACAGCUAUAUCACCUCAACUUGCGCUGGCAACUUAUCAGUUCUUAUCAACUUCAGUUGAUCCCUUCAAAAGCAACUACAUAUCAGAAUCGGUUUUAAAGAAGUUAAUGUCCCAAGAUGUGUACUUCAAGGCCAAAUCAGGAAAGGAAGAUUUACUUUCUCCAUCGAACGUAUUAUUCCAGAAUGGAAAGCCUGCAGAUUAUUUUGUUCUCAUAUUGGAAGGGCGCUGCAUCGUCACAGUGGGAUUUGAGAAUCUGGUGUUCGAGACCGGACCUUUCAGUUCUUUUGGUCUUCCUUCAAUUAUGAUGAACAAUUUCGAAAUAUCGACUACCAGUAACAUUAAUAGUCCCGAGAACUCGCCUUUUAAAGUCUUUGUUCCAGACUAUACCGUUGUUGCGGCUGGUGAGACUAUUUACAUGAAAGUACACUGUGCUGUUUACUUGUCUGCAGUGAGAGCAACUCUGCUGGAAAAACAACAAAAGCAAGAUUCGGAUUCGAGGGAGGAUUCGAAAGCUGAGUCAGGUAGGAAUUCAAGGCAGUCUUCCAAAGACUUACAUGAACAUUUUUUAGAUCAAUUAUAGAUUAUUUAAUUGAAAAUUACUUUAGGCUACAGUGGACAUCUAAAAUCAAUUCCUGUAACAAAUAACUAAUUUUACUGAAAUUUAACACAUAAUUUAUAAACUUAAUGAUGGUAAGUUUCCAAAACGUUUAUUAGAAUGUCUUGACAGUUUUUUUUUAAU